UUGCUCUCAAGCCCCUUGCCUGCCCCAUCCCCAUCCAUCCCAUUCCAUUCCAAUCCUUCUUUCUUCGUUCGAGCCUGCCUGCGCUUCGUCGUUCUAUCAAGCAUCUCAAGAUGUCUGGCUGCGGAAACUCCGGUUGCUCAUGCGGUGCCGCCUGCAAGUGCGCCAGCGGCAACAGCUGCUGCGCUAAAAGGUCCAUGGACGACUUCGAGAGUUCGGAGAUGAGAGGCUUCGAGGGAGCCAACGAAGGAUGCAAGUGCGGUGACAAAUGCUCAUGCAACCCUUGCAACUGCAAGUGAGAGUGCAUCAAAUCUUCAAUCUUCAGACCUCCACCUUGAGGACGAUGGAUGCAGAUGACACCUGAUUGAUUAGAGGACCUGUAGUCCAUGUGCACAUACUAAAAUGUUGGGAGAAUAUAGAAAGGUUUGUCUUUUGCGUCGAAGAUUGUAGAAAUAUCUCGACUUUGAGAUAAUAGUAAACAACUGUAUAUCAGUCCACAGAAAUAAAACAUGAGUAUCUGACAAGAAGUCCACAAUCGCUUCCCAGAGCCAUUUCAGCUCUAUACGAGCAAGAUGGCAAAAAUGCAUUAACGAAUCCCUGUGUUGACGAUAGAGGGUGAACUCUAAGGAGACAAUCCUGAUUGGUGAGAUAAAUUGAUUCCAUGCCGACCACUUUUCCUGACCUUUCGUUUCCACAACUCCUUCCCGAGGGCACAUGAACGGAGAUGUGUGAAAA